GUGCAGAUGAGGCCUGGCUGGUUUUACACUCGGGCAGUCCGGUUUGCUCUGGGCAGGGUUAUUUGGCACAGCAGUUCAAAGCAGCCGUGCCCGUCCCUGGGGAGCCGUGGGGAUGGAUGCUCCGGGAGAGGUGCUGGGUGGUGGCAGCAGAGACGCUGCCAGACGGGCUUGGGCACUUCUUGCUUCGCUGCAUGCAGUGCUGAGCUCUCGCCAGGUUCCCUCUGUGCGGCGAUACUGCCGGUGGGAUACAGGGCUGCUGGCGAGCUCAGGCCGCUCCGCUGGCAGUGCAGGAUGUCCUGAGUGCUGGUACAGAGGGAGAGAGACGGUGCAGAAGGAGGAGAGGUCAGAUGGGAAGGCGUUUGCUAACCAAGACGUGGCACGGAGGGCACCCAAGCUGCUUGUGAAUCCAUCUGGGAAAGAAACCUCUGUGUAGGUCCCAGGGCAGGUAACCCUGCGCAGGGACUGUCACUAGCCCAUCAGUUGCCCUGACUCUUGUCCUUGGAGGAAGCCAGUCAUGGGGGAAACUGGCAAAGAAGAGUAUAAAAUACAGUCGUUCGACACUGAGACUCAGAAGUUGCUGAAAACAGCCCUCAAAGACCCCAGCAACGUGGACCUGGAGAAAGUGGCCAAUAUCAUAGUGGACCAGUCCCUCAAAGACUGUGUGUUCAGCAAGGAGGCAGGGCGCAUCUGCUACACCAUCAUCCAGGCAGAAAGCAAACAAGUCGGCCAGAGCAUCUUCCGGAGGAGCCUGCUGAACCGGCUGCAGCAGGAGUACAAGGACAGGGAGGAGCUGCGCACCCGCUCACUCCAGGCAUGGAUCUGCUACGUCACCUUCAUCUGCAACAUCUUUGACUACCUGAGGGUGAACAACAUGCCCAUGAUGGCUCUGGUGAACCCCGUUUAUGACUGUCUGUUCCGGCUGGCACAGCCCGACAGCCUGCGGAAGGAGGAAGAGGUGGACUGCUUGGUCCUACAGCUCCAUCGCAUCGGCGAGCAGCUGGAGAAGAUGAAUUCCCAGCGGAUGGAUGAGCUCUUUUCCCUCCUCCGAGAUGGAUUCCUUCUGCAGGAGGGGCUCAGCUCCCUGUCCCAGCUCCUGCUGCUGGAGAUCAUCGAGUUUCGGGCUGCCGACUGGAAGAUGACGGACGCUGCCCAGAAAUACUAUUACAGCGAAGUGAUGGAUUAACCUCUCUACAGCAGAGGUGGAGAGAUGUCCCCGGCACUUUCACCAGCAAGCUUCAUGCCAAGUUUGAAUUUCUUUUCACGUUAAUGUUUUGCUAGCACUUCCUGUAAAUAGGAUUUAUACUGGCUAGAGCCUCUGGGCAUGUAACUGUCAGGCUGCAACUGGCAUUGGCCUGACUUUGAAGGUUUGUAGAGGUGGGAAGGGCAGGGCAUAUUUAACUCAGCAAGUUCUCCCACUGAUUUUGUCUAAUAUUGGGCUGCUGCCAGCAAUGGGCAAUGAAGUCUUCUAGCUCAAACCAGCAUUUUAUAUAGGCGUUAAGGAAAGCACAGUUUAGGCUGAGAACAUUUUGGUUCACCUGAGAGCCAGCAAAGCUGCGGGAGGCGGAGAGGGAAUGUUUCACACCUCAGGUUAUACCUGGUUCUCUGGGACAAGUCGCAGAAAACACUGUGGCCUCGCAAACAGCUCAACAAAGUGCUCUUUUUCGGAGACUCCUUCUAGCACGCUGGCUGCACCUGCACGCACACAGCCUCCCCCUCGGGUCACAAGCCACCAAUACUUGCUCCAAGGCAGCCUGCAGCAGGACAGGUCCCUGAGCACAUGUAGCUAAGAACAGGUUUUUGUAAGUUUUAUACAAUAACUGUCUUGUUUUUUCAGAAUUUAGGGAGUUUUAAUUAUGGUAUGUUUCUUACAACAAUGGGAGAGGAAGAAAGGAAACAAAAUAGUAUAUUGAAGGAUUUUUUUCUAAUAAAAGUUUUCCACCAA